AUGACUGAAUUAAUAGACACUGAAUCAAUAGUAGAAGAAGAUGAAGAAGAAGAAGAAGAAUCAGAAAACCAACCGUGUAUUCUUUCGAAAAAGGAAUUGAAGGAAAUAGAGAGAAAAAAAUCCAAAAACAAAAAAAAGAAGCAAUCAAGGAAAAAAAGGGUAGGAAAAAUAAGAGAAGAUGGCUUAAAUUCAGAUUCAGGUAUCGAUAAUACUGCACCAAACAGUGAUGUUGAAAAUGAAGGUAUUGAAGUGCUUUAUGUUGGGAGACCUCUGGAACUGGAUAUCACUGACCCGAACUAUCAUUAUUUUGCAAGGAUUUUUGAUAAUUUCAGGAUAAGUGAAGAUGUGAAAAAGGAGGAACCAGUUGAAAAAAUUGAGCAUGAAGUGAAGAAAGAAGAAAUACCUACAAGAGCUUCAAUCUCAGAAAAAAUUCUUCAAGAAGAAAUGAGUGAAAAAAGACGCGAGCAAGAAGAGGCAGGACAGACCCAAACAUUGAGUAAACGAAAACUUCGUUUAGCUAUGCAACCCACUAUUGCUGAAUUGAAAGAGAUAACUACGCGUCCUGAUGUUGUGGAAUGGGCUGAUGUUACAUCACGGGAUCCCCAUCUACUGGUCACUUUGAAAGCAUAUAGAAAUACAGUACCUGUGCCACGUCAUUGGAAUGCCAAGCGAAAGUAUCUAGCAGGCAAGCGGGGCUUCGAAAGACCACCAUUUGAGUUACCUGAUUUUAUAAAGAGAACAGGUAUUAUGGAAAUGCGUGAAACUAUGUGGGAAAAAGAGGGUGCACAGUCAUUAAAAUCAAAGAUGCGCGAACGUGCUAGGCCGAAACUUGGUCGUAUUGAUAUCGAUUAUCAAAAAUUGCAUGAUGCGUUUUUCAAGUGGCAAAUAAAACCUGUUAUGACUCAGAUGGGUGAACUGUAUUAUGAGGGUAAGGAACUGGAAACAGUUAUGCGUGAAAAGAAACCUGGCGAAUUAACUGAUGAUUUACGAAUCGCACUGGGAAUGCCUGUUGGACCAAAUGCACACAAGUUUCCUCCUCCUUGGUUAAUUGCAAUGCAGCGAUAUGGGCCACCGCCUUCGUAUCCGAACCUUAAAAUUCCUGGAUUAAAUUGUCCUAUUCCGGAAGGUUGUGCAUUUGGUUAUCAUGCUGGUGGAUGGGGUAAACCUCCAGUCGAUGAAAUGGGCAAACCGUUGUAUGGCGAUGUAUUCGGUCUUGAGGCUCCAAUAUUACCAGAAUUAGAUGAUGAAUCACGUAUAGAACGUAGGCAUUGGGGUGAAAUAGGUAGUGACGAGGAUUCAAGUGAAGAAAGCGAAGGAGAGGAAGAAAGGGAUGGUGGUGUAGAAGCCGGCUUCAUGACUCCGGCUGUCACAGAAGGCUUCAUAACACCAUCAGGAAUGACUUCUGGAGUUCUUACCGGUGUUGAAACACCAGACACAAUUGAAUUACGAAAAGGAAAGCGAAUGGAAGAAAGGUCUCCCAUUCCACAUAUUUUUUAUUUCGAUGCUGCUGAAUUUAAAAUUGAAAAUAGUACAACGGGUGGCGAUACUCCUGCGCCACCUCUGUAUACCGUGCUUCAAGAGCGCAGAGUUGAUCGCAUCGCAGGACAGAUGAUGGCCAGUACUCACGUAUACGACUUAUCGAGGAAAGCGGGACUCGCUCCUGCAGCACAUGGAUUAGAUGUCGGUGUAGAAGUAUCGCUUAAUCCUGAAGAUCUGGAUUUAGCUGAUCAGAAAGGAUUGGAAAAGAAAUACGAAGAACAAUUACGAAAACAAACAGGUCAACAAGAUGAUGACGAAGACUUCUCAGACAUGGUAGCAGAACAUUCCGCAAAACAAAAUCGCAAAAGAAAAGCACAAGAACAGAAAAAAGCAACAAUGCAGCAGAAGAAAUAUAAAGAUUUCAAGUUUUGA